AAAGAACGUUGUAAACACACGUCAGUUGCCCUGCAAAGAAGAUGGAACCGGAAUUGGAAGAAUCGAAGGAUAAUUCCUCCGAGCCUUGCUGUGCUUGCCUCCCCUAUGGCAAUAAGACCUACUGCAGUGUCCUGAUGCCAACCCGACGAAUUGGCUCAUUUAAACCUAAGAUGGAGGGCAAGGCCUUGUACAUUCUCCCAACGGAAACGAAAUAUCAAGGGGAAAUGACAGAUGGAAUGUUUCAUGGCAAAGGAACUUUGCACUUUCCUAAUGGGAGUCAAUAUGAUGCCACAUGGGAAAAAGGAAAAAUCAUACAGGGGAAAUACACCUUUGCUGAUGGUCUAAUGUAUAAGGAAGAAAAAUGGCUUUACUGUGAUGGCUAUGACAGAAGAUUUUAUACUGAAAUCUGUGAAGGCCUGAAGCCUGCAGGUAUUUCUCAGGUUACCAACAUAGACCCACCAAGAAAAAUUCCUGAAGGUUGUUAUGAUUGUGGAGAUGGGUUCUAUAACCCAAAAACAAGGGUGAUCAGAGACUACAAGAACCGUUUCCUGAGAAAUGCAGAUGAUGAUGAACACGAAUGGAUCAUCCACACUUGUCGGAAAGGCUGGGAUGAAUUUAUUGGCCAGAAAGCUAAGCUCUGAUCCACCUUACUACUUCUGGAAUCAGUGGGUAGAGUUCUUGAGAAUAACUAUCUUUCCAGUAGGAAAUAAUAACAGUUUCAUUGUUUACCUGUUUUAAGUAGAAAUAAAAGCUUUUGGGAUUCACUGUA